AGCCCCUGCCGCGCGCCCCAGCGCCCAGGACCACGCCCCAGAGCCCUGCAGGGCCUUUGGCCGACCAAGCCACCCAGGCCAGCCGUGCCCAGCCCCUGCUAGCCACCUGCCUACCACUUCUGCCCGCCAACCCUGCUGCCAGCCAUGCCAAGGGCCAUGCCACAGCCCCCAGCAAGCCAGCCAAAGGCCUGCCAGCCACCAACAGCCUUUGGACAGCCUUGGGCAGCCAUGGCCAAGUUUGGGCAGCCAAGGCCUUGGCCAACCUAGGCCAAGCCUUGGCCAGCCUAUGCCACACCUUGGCCAACCUAGGCCACACUUCCCACUAGUUGUUUGUCCCCCAUGAAGAACCUAUAAAUAUGUGUUGUGCAAGCUUGUGAGGGAUCUUUUGAACACCUUAGAACCUUGUGUAUUUCGGCCUUAGGCUUGGGAGGGCUUUGCCCUAUUGUAUUUGGUCCUUGAGCUUGCUCUUGGACUUGGGCUAGGGGAGACCCAUCAUAGUUUUCUCUAGAUAUUUUGCUUGUAGCUUCAUUUGGGAAUAGAAUCAAUCAGUCAAGCUUUCCUCUACAUAUCUUCUAUUGAGUGAUUGUCUUCUUCUCAAGCCAAGGGUCGGGCCAAGCUGCAACCAGUAGACCCGUCCCUUGUCUUGAUUCCCACGACCAUCCGAAGGAGUGCGUCCAUCCAUUCGAACAAGCUAAGGGCCGGGCCAAGCUGCAGCCAGUAGGCCCACCCUUUGACUUGCAUCUGCGACCGUCCUAAGGAUUGCAUAGCACCCGGCGUUACCCGUUCGGCCCGCGUUCCUACGAUUCUAAGGCAUCCGCAAGGAGCCAAGGUGCUAGGCUUGGUGUGGCGGGUCCAGGCCGAGAGACGCCCUCCAACAAUGGUGCUUUCAUUGAGAGAUUUCGUCGGAAGAAGUUCCUAGAGAAGCUCCGUCGAAGAUCUCUCUCCAAAGAGGUAACGCCUUUAAACCUAAGAAAAUUUCAGAUUUGGGUUGAGUUAAGGAGUUUUACUUAUUGCACACUCUAGAAAGUGAGGUUCACUACUUAUUGCCUAUUGCACAUAUCUUAUUUGAUUGAGAGUGUGGGUGGAUACAUUUGAAGUUUAUAUUCCUUACAAUUGGUGCUUAAAAUUCUGCAAUAUAUUCUUACGUUUGCAAAAGAGGAGUGAGCAUAUUUUUUUGUAAAGAGGACGGAUUGUGUUCUAGAUUGCUCAUCAUAGGGAUGGUGCCAAUGGGGAGGCUAAUGGUAGUACCCGGCACUAUUUGACCCAACUAUUCGGUGUAGGGCACAUUAGGGACGGCACAAGAGGGAGGCUAGUGGUAGUACCUCGUGCCCUUUCCCAACUACAUCGGAUAGGGAGCAAAUAAAGUUUCAAAACGUCUCUCUUGGAAAAAAGAAGAGAGAGUUUUACUUGUUGUAAUUGGAGAAGAUUGAGUGGUGUUCAUUCCAAUUUUUAUAAAAAGAGGAGGGUCGGUUCAUUCCUUGGGUGACGACCAAAGGAGGUUAGAGAGGUGUUUUGGAGAACAAAAUUUUUAUGAAGACCGAAGGGUUGGAGUGAAAGAAUUGGAGUAAAUAUGGUAAAUAUCAUGGAGGAGAGUGAGGCUUGUUUAAAGAGGGCAAAUGAGACCCUAAUCUAAAAUUAGAAAGAAUCUAAAGGAUAGGGAAGAAAGAGAGAGGAAAGAUGAAUUCUUGAGGAAAAGAGAAGAAAGAAGAAUAGAUGAGAGAAGAAGGGAGAAAGAAGUAAGGAGGGAUGAAGAAAAAAGAAGAGAAGAAAAGAUAAGUAAUUGGGGGUAUAGGAGUACUCAAGGAGCAAGUAGCUAUGCUAGCCACCAUGGGGAGCAUGGCUAUAGGGGAAGUAGGUGGAGAGAGGCCCAAUUGAUAAUGAUAAAAAGGGAGUUAGAGAAGGCCCGGGAGUGCAUGAAGCUUGGGGCAAACCGUGCUAGUAUGAAAGAACCCUAGAAGGAGCCCAUAGAACCCAAGUUUGAUUCCCAAAAUUUCUGCAGCAAAACCCUUCCCUACUCGCAUACGGAGGUGACUCGACGGGCUGAUUUUGAAGCCCAUCUUGUGGCACCAAAACCACUCCCAAUUGCUGUUACAAUGGAGUACGCAGUGGAGGGUAAUGAAGAAGAAAUUCAGCAUCCUGUGGCUGUGCACGAGCAUGAUUCUGCAGCUGGAAAUUCUGCAACCACAGAAAUUCCAGCAAAUUCUGCAGCCCUCCCAACCACAACUCAAGCUGAGGUAUUCCUCCAAACUUGGGCUAAUUAUCAUCAAGAUAUAGAAGCUCAUGAGGCCCAAGUUGCUGCAAAAAAAUCUGUGGGUGACAACAGCAAAACAGAAGCCCCUACUACCCUCAACCGAGCCAAUUUGUUGGACCAAGACAGCAAGGAAGAAGCUGCUGCAACUUUGGAAGUGGACAGCAGCAAAUUGACAUCUCCCAAGGGCGUUCAAGUGAGCUUAUUUGAAGAUGACAACAAGGAACGCCACGCUAAGAAAGUUUGCAGCCAACCCAAUGAAGUGAAGGCAAGCAACAAGAAGGAAGAUGCUGCAGCACAACUUGCAACAGCAAGUUUAGAAGAAGCAAAGCAAUAUGAGAUGGCUGUUGCGGGAGGCUCAAAUUGGGGAAUAACUGGAGACAUGGAGGAUCACAUUGGUGCCACACUUAGCAGCAGCAAGUUGUUGACGUAUGACCAUGGCUACAAAACCAACUUAUUAGAGAAGAUCCUAACUCCACAACAGCAGAAAAUUAGGGAGUUGUUGCAGUGGUUUGAGUUCAAGCUUGUCUACCUCCCAAGGGGAGGAAUGGAAGAAGCCAAAGAAAGUGAUGAUGGGGCACUUAAGGGUGCCAAAAGUAUGAUGAAGGGUACAACCCAUGAAGCAAGGUGGAGGGAUGUUCAAAUGAUAAACAUGGAGUAUGAGCCCUUCGACAACCACCAUGGGAUUGAUCGGUUGGAGCACAUCAUCCAAGAAGAGCUUCCAUUGUGCUCAAGAAAAGAUUGGAGGAAACGAAAGAGAUGGCAAGUGCUUAUCCAUUGGAAGAGAAGACCAAGAGAAGGAGGUUCGUGGGAGCCCUAUUGGCGGUGGCCAAUCAUAAUCCUUGAGGUCAAGGAAAUUUUUCAAGGGGGAGGGAAUGUUGCGGACCCAAGCCUGCCACACCGCCAAGACGUCAACCGUGGAAGACUUCGGGCCUUGAUGGUACCAAAGGAGGGCCAAACCAUGGCCAAAGUCUUGUGCUCGCCCGUGCAUGACAAGGUGUGGCAUAGGCUGGCCAAGGCUUGGCCUAGGUUGGCCGGGCGGGCGCGGGCGCGGGCGCUGGGCGCGCCGCGCGGGCGCGUGGGCUGGAGGCCGCGCGCAGGCUGGUGCGUGGGCGUGCGCCCUUGCUGGUGCGUGCGCCUGUGGCCGGGCUGCUGCAGUGGGCGCGCGCAGGGGCCGGCGCGUGUCGUGAGCUGGCCGCGCGUUGCUGUGGCUGGCCGCGCGCUGCUGCAGUGGGCGCAGAACCUCGCGCAGGCGCUGGGCUAG